AUGGAGCACGGAAGGCGGUCGCGCGGAAAGGGGGCGGGGCGGCGGGCGCGGUGGCAGAUCAUGGGACGCGCGGAGCCGAGGGGGGAGAGGCAGGGCGGGAUCGUCCGCGUCGUGGGCCGAGGGGGAAGAGGCGCAGGCGAGCGAGGCGGGGGACGGGGUGGGCAGGCGGGCGGAAGGGGGGCGUGGGGGAGGCGAGGAGAGGGGCGGUGGGGGAGCGAGGAGGGCGCGGAGGAGGAGGAGGAGCUGCCGGCGGGGUCGUUCGUGCUGCCCGACCCCGACGGGGACGGCGUGCUCGUCGUGGGCGUCGAGGGCCGCCCCCCCGCGCUCUCCCCGCGCGACCUCGUGUGGGCGCGCGCGCGCCGCGUGCGGUCGGGCGUGGUGAGCGACGCGCGGUGGUGGUCCGUGAUGGACGGCGACCGACUCGUGGGGGACAACGAGGGGGACGACGCGGGGGACGACGAGGGGAAAGAGGGGGGAGGGGGGGAGGAGGAAGGGGGGGCUUUUGGGAGGGCAGGAGUGAUGGAGGGAGAUGAGGGGAGGGGACGGGAGGGGAGGGAGGCAGAGCGCGGGGACGAGUCGGACAGCGAGGGGGAAGAGGUGGAGGUGGAAAUACCUGGGCAGGGGGGAGGGUGGGGGGGAGAGGACGAGGCGGAAGGGCGAGAGGGCAUGAGGACAGGGAGGAGGGGCGAGGAGGGGGCGGGCGGUAGGCGGGUGAGGGGCGUGCGGCUGUUUGGGCGGGACUUUGGGCGCAGCCAGGCAGGCAAGGCGAGGGACGGUGACGAGGAUGCCAACCUGUCUGCAUGGAGUGGCGUGGCAGCAGUGCGUGCUGACGUGGCGGCCUUGAGCGCUGGUGGUGACAGCAGGCAGAGGCUGGGUGUGCGCGCCGGCAGUGCUGGCAGUGCUGGCAGUGCUGGCAGUGCUGGCAGUGCUGGCAGUGCUGGCAGUGCUGGCAGCGCGCAGCAGCAGUGGGGUGAGGGCACACGGGGAGGGAGUGAGGCGGGGUGGCAGGGCGCGGAGGAGGUGCGUGAGGCAGGGAGGAGGGGGAGGAAAACGCAGGAGGAGGAAGAGGAGGAGCGAGGGGAGUGGGCGAGUGGGUCGGAGUGGGCGCGGUACGGCAUGGAGGCGCCGUUUGAAGGCAUCAUUGAGCUGGACGAUGCUGAUGAUGAUGGUGAUGGUGCAUGGGGGGCGGACGCGCAGGGCAGGGCGGGCAGGCGGCGGCAGGAGGGUGGAGCAGCAGGUGGGGCGGGCGAGGGUCCCAGCGUGCUGGAUGCCUUGCGCCGACAGGUGGUGCCCCGGGACAGGCACGGCGACCAGGGGCGUGGUGGGGGCAAGGCAGAGCAGGGGGAGAAGGGGAAGGAUGCGAACAAGGAGAGUGGUGGGCGGGAUGCAGCAGCAGCAGCAGCAGCAGCAGCAGCAGCAGCAGCAGCAGCAGCAGCAGCAGCAGCAGCAGCAGCAGCAGCAGGCGCGGCAUCAGAUGCGUCUGGCGCGGGCAGGGCAGCGGUGGCGGCGCCCUGGCAGCGCGACAACUACGACCCCGCGCUGGCCGACCAGUUCUUCAGCCGCACCUCAUUCGCCCAACUCGGUGCCUCCCCCGCCGCCCUCUCUGCCCUUCAGACGCUUGGCAUCACCCGCCCCUCACACAUCCAGGCAGCGGCGUUCCCGUACGUGGAGCGCGGGGCGGACUGCAUCGUGGCGGACCAGACGGGGUCCGGCAAGACGCUCGCCUACCUGCUGCCGCUGCUGCAGCGCCUCAAGGCCCGCGAGCUGCAACGCGCGGGGGGGAGUGAGGGGGUCAGUGCCAGUGGAGAGGGGGAAGGCGAAAGGCGUGCGGGCGGUGCGCGCAUGGGAGCAGCGCCGAAGCGACCGGCGGCGAUUGUGUUGGUGCCCACCACUGAGCUGGCGAACCAGGUGGUGCGGGUGGCGCGGCAGCUGUCAGCGGGUGGCAUGAGGGUGCGGUCGGUGGCGGUGACGGGCAGGCACCGCUGGCGCACGCAGGUGGAGGCGCUGGCGGGCGGCGUGGACGUGGUGGUGGGCACGCCUGGCCGCGUGCUGCAACACCUCGAUGCCGUGUGGUGGUGCGAGGCGGACAUCAUGUUUGACGACGAUGACUUCAGCACCGCCCUCAAGCCCAUCCGCAUGGGGUGCCCGCGCGCCUGCCAGGUGGUGCAUGUCACCGCCACGCUGCAAGCGGACGUGCACCAGCAGCUGCUGCAAGACUACCCCACCGCCGUCUCCCUCAUCGGCCCCUCGCUGCACCUCACCUCCUCCGGCCUGCACGAGGUGCUGGUGGACUGCUCGCAGCCGGCGGGCGAGCAGCGGUCGGAGGAGGGCGGCUUUGCACGCAAGCGGGCGGCGCUGCUGCAGAUCGUGGGGGCGGGCAGGGGCAGGCGCAGGGGGGACGCCGAGGGGGAGGGGGAGGACGGGAGUGUGGGUGCAGUGAGAGAAGGCGAGGAGAGCAGCGUUGGGUCAAAGAAGACGAUUGUCUUCUGCAACAAGAUAGAGACGUGUCGCCGCGUGGAGAACAUGUUGGUGAGGGCGGACCGCCAGCAGCGCCGCUACAGGGUGCUCGUGUGCCACGCGGGCAUCGCCCCCGACGCACGCCGCCAGGCCUUGGACCACCUGCUCACACCCAACCCGCCCCUGCCGCUCAUCCUCGUCUGCACUGACAGGGCGUCGCGCGGCAUAGACAGCAUCGAUGUGGACCGAGUGGUGCUCUUUGACUUCCCGCGCGACCCCAGCGAGUAUGUCCGCCGCGUGGGCCGCACGGCCAGGGGAGCGGGCGGCACGGGUACGGUGUAUGUGUUCGUGCAGGGCGGGCAGGUGGGGCUGGCUCGCCGCAUCAUGACCCGCAACGACCGCGGCCUGCCCGUGCAUGAGGUGCCAGACAGCUUCUUCUGA